CCACCAUCCUUCCACCACCACUACCUCUUCACAUCUUUCACUUCCUCUCUGCCCGUCAUGGACUUCUCCAGCCUCCAGGACCGGAAACCCUCUGCUUUUGCUUUUGACGACGCAAACACCCUCGACGCCCACAUCUUGGACACCCCAGUCCUCAUGUCCCCCACCGCCAGCACCCAGGGCAUGUUCUCCCCCGGUGCCUCUUCCAUCUGGGAAGACUUCUCCCAGCAGGGUCAGUUCAUCGACCGCACCGCCACAAGUUCCGUCGUCAACACAAACGCCAACAACCCCUUCUUCAACCAGCAGCAGCAGCAACAACAACAGCAACAACAUCACCACCAGCAGCAGCAAAGCAAUAACCCAUUUGCCCGCCUGCCCGAGAACCAGAUCGCCAACUACGGCCAGCAGAAUUCGUGGCCCGUUGUCGACAACUCCGGAACGCGGACCCCCACGGCUUCCAAGCCCAUGAACAACCCUUUUGGUCCCGGCGAUUUUGGUGCCGCUGCUUCCUCCUUCGUGCCCGAACCUUCGCAGAUGCCCUUCCAAGGUCUGCCCGUCCAGUCCAACGUGAGGCCCAGCUCCGUCUUUCCUCAAGGUCCCGAACGGCCCUUGUCUCCCCACACCAACUCGGAGUGGAUGGCCUUCAACCAGCAAGAGAUGGAUGCCAGGCCCGGUCCCAAGCGAAUGAGGCCCAGCUCGCCCUCCAGGCCCUUUACGCCCCGUCGUGACGGCGGCAUCCGGAAGAAGAACGCCCGGUUCGACAUUCCCGCCGAGAGGAACCUGCUCAACAUCGACCACCUCAUCCAGAACUGCCAGAACGAGGACGACCUCAAGGAGCUCAAGCAGCAGAAGCGACUUCUCCGGAACAGACAGGCCGCUCUCGACUCCCGCCAACGCAAAAAGAAGCACACUGAGGAGUUGGAAGAGGAGAAGAAGAUCUGGACCGAAAAGUACUGCGCCAUACAGGACGACUUCAACAGCCUUCGCGCAGAGUACGAGAACAUGUUGGCCGAGAAGGAGAGCAUGCAACGUGAUCAGAUGGAACUCUCCCAUCUCGUCAGCCAGCUGCAGUUCGACAAGGAGGAGUUGGUGCGCUCCCACACUCUCGAGACGGGUGAUCUCCGCAAGAAGGUUUCCGUUCUCACCGAGAGGCUCGAGUGUGCCACCACCAACACUGCUGCUCCCAGCACCUUCACCGACUUCACCUCGGACAUGGACAACCUCCACAUGGGUAACAGCGAGUGGGACAACUACAUCUUCGUCAACGACUUCGUCUCUGAUGAACAAACUCCCGGUGCCCAGCAGCCGCAGGAACAGUCCCUCGCCUUGGUUCCCCGUGCCAAAGACGAAGAGAAGCCCGUCGCUUCUGGCCUUCUGCUUAUGCUGCUGCUCUGCGGCGCGUUUGUCGCCAGCAAAUCCGCCGGUGCCAACGCUCCGCCCAUUCCUCGCAUGCCCGACGAUGUCCGCGCCGCCUCCGCCAGUGUCCUCGACAGCAUCUUCAAAGAUGCCGGCGUGGCUCCUACCGUCACCGAGCAGGGCAUCAUUGCCAACAGCGUCCAGAUGGCCGAACCCGCUCCUUCGGCGGGCAUCGACUGGGCCAAGUCUGUGCCUGGCGCUGACAUUCCUGGCAUCGGCGGCUCGACGCUUGAUCGUCUCCACUCGCAGCUUACUACCACCACCAAAGACCAGGAGCACGAGCAGCUCUUCUCCAUCACCCCGGCACAGUACAACAGCAUGACCUCUCUUGACUUCACGCGCACGCGGUAUAGCAUGUCUAGCGACGAUUACAGCGAUCCCCUGUCUCCUUCGUCUCAGCCAUCCUCGCACCGACGCAAUCUCGCCGAAACGCUAGCCGCCAUGCGCGAGCAAAGCAAAGGCGAGUCCGCCGCCGAAGUCUACACGCGCAGUCUCCUUUGGGACAAGAUCGCCCCCGAAGUCGUCAUUGAGUUCAAGCGCAUGGUCGAGGAGUCGGCUGUCUCGUCGUCGCGCCCCAGCACUGCUGAUGGGCCCUCGUUGACCAAAGUCGAAACCCUGGGUUGAAGCAUGCUUGCCCGGGCCAUUCCCUCGUUGGCUCACAACGCAACCGCCUUCCCUAUGUUGACCUCUCCUUGUGUUGACGCGUCACAUCUCCUUCCUUCCCAUCUGUCAUAAUGCAUAGCCUGUCUGCUUUUCCAUCAGCAUAGCGUUUUGGACUUCUUCCGGUUUCCCCGCCCCGCUCACCUUCGGGGCGGCACCACAUAGGGACAGGAACCACUUUGCAUCUGGGCUGGAUAUCCGUGAUAUACCACAUUUGUUUUCCCCGCGGCUGUUUCUCCGUGUCUUACCCGAGUUGCUUGCGGACCCCUUGUCCACACAACCACGGUACCGAUGCGGCGAUGCGACCCUCGUCUUACAUUGGUGUUUUUCGUCUUACCAUUCGAUCUCUUGCGACGCGCCAGCAUCGUGCACGCAGUUUGGGUGCCGCUGCACGCCUGCAGAAAAUCUCUUUUAUACAAUCCUGGGGAUCCAUGGUUUCGCACACCUACCCAAUUUGUUUCUGGAUUUCCCCCUGUUUCUUGUCGUCUUUUUUUUUCUUGCCGCUGCGUCUUCGACUACCAUCGUCAGCGCUAGCAUUUUCUGUCGUCAUUUUCCCAGCGAGCGAGUUUGUUUCUAGCGAUUUUUUGUGUAUUUCCCUUUGCUUCUAUUCUUGUCGCUUGGAGACGAUCGCUUGAGCGUCUGCCUUGUCUGACCUGCCUUGGUUUUACCUUGCUAUUUUUGUUUCUCAACGCGAGUGACAUGACGAGCGAAACGACACGAGAGCUUUGAUAUCCAACCCU